AAAUAUAUCACCUGUUUAUCACGACGCAUUAAGAGCAUUUGAAAUCCCCCCCUAAAUAUCGCAUUCUGAAGUACGUGAUCUCAUUUACUAGUCAAAUAUGGGUAAGGAAUCAGAGCGAAAACAUGCUGUGAUAAUGGUCGGUCUGCCAGCCCGUGGCAAGACUUACAUCGCAAGCAAAGUAUGCAGAUAUUUAAAGUGGAAAGGAUUUCCGUCGAAGAUCUUCAACACAGGUCGAUAUAGACAGGAUUUAGAUACGGAAUUGGCCAGGAAGCAUGAUUUCUUCACCUCCACUGUCCCAGACGUAGCAAAUAUCCGCAAAAAGAUGAUAGAUCAGGUGUUAGAAGACAUGGUGGAGUGGCUCAAGACUGAACAAGCACGUGUGGGUAUCUACGACGCCACCUCCAUUACGAGGGAACGUAGGAAAACUGUGUAUGAACUCCUGAGUAAGGAAGGGUUUCGAGUAUUCUUCAUUGAGAGUGUAUGCGAAGACGAAUCAAUCAUACAGGCCAACAUCGAACAAGUGAAGCUCACACUCCCCGACUAUGCACACAUGGACAAGCAAACCGCCGCGGAAGAUUUCAAAAAGCGAUUGGCGGCGUACGAGGACGUUUAUGAGGAAAUAGAUUUGGACCAUGAAGGCGAAUAUUCGUUCUUGAGAAUGAUUGAUGUCAACCGUCAAAUCGUCUGCAACAAGGUCAACGGCUACAUGCAGACCGGGAUUGUAUACCUACUCAUGAAUGUGCACAUUGUUCCGCGAACAAUCUACUUUAGUCGGCAUGGUGAGAGUCAGUUUAAUGUCGCUGGGCGUAUCGGAGGCAACUCUGGGCUGUCUCCCCGUGGACUUCAGUACGCAAAGGCCCUGAAAACGUACAUGGGGGAGAUCAAGCCCGAGAACCUCGAGGUUUGGACAUCUACCAUGCUGCGAACUAUUAUGACGGCCGAGCACUUCACCGAAUGCAAGCGAGAGUGGCGGUGUUUAGAAGAGAUUGAUGCAGGCACCUGCGAUGGAUUGACAUACGAAGAGAUCCAGGAGAAGUUCCCGGAUGAGUUCGCAAACCGAGAUGAAGAUAAAUUUAACUACCGGUACCCACGUGGAGAGAGUUAUAAAGAUAUCAUUACACGGUUGGAACCUGUGCUUAUGGAGUUGGAACGCGCGCACAACGUAUUAUUGGUGAGUCAUCAGGCUGUGCUUCGAUGUUUGCUCUCCUACUACCUCGACAUUCCACCUGAGGAGCUGCCAUACGUUAAGGUACCCUUACAUACCUUGCUGAAGUUGACGCCUACCGCGUACGGCUGCAAUGUGGAACAGGUAUGAAUUAAGUUUGUUGUCUGCGAUAAUACAAUUCAGUCGUGUGCAAUAUCGACAGCUCGAGAGCUGUUUACGUGUUUAAUCAAAAGUGUCGGAAAAUAACCUAUAUCCAGUGAGUUUACACAUGCAUUAUCCCAGGUUACGAACGCUUUCUUCUAUCAAUUGUAUUGAACAUGUGUGCCUUUCAUUACACAGAUCCCCUUGAAAAUCGAUGCAGUUGUCACCCAUCGGCCACCCAGCCAGAAAGCAGCGGAGAAGGCCGAGACAGCGAUGAAAGUUCGAGACGAAGACGCGAUAGAGCCGACAAACAUUUAAGAACAGGUUUAAUACAGGCAUUGAACAGCCACAGUGAAUUUCUAUAAAUAUUAAAGAUGCGCACAUAUGCGUGCUUAUCUUCACUUUAAUAUUGAUCAAAGCCCUAUGCCAGAAAACUAUGAGAUCAGUGCCACUGACGCGUGCAAUGUGGUAACCCAAAAAUUUGAACUUAAAUUUUUUUUUAAAGAGAAAUAUUUAAGUAUGAAAACGAGUAUAUAUAAAAAUGCUUAAUAGAG